UCCUCAAUUAAUGCAUGCGCAUCAUUUGCGAGAUAUACGGAACGGUCCUCCUCGGCAUCAUGGACUAUUUCUUCUUGCUCCUCGUGCUUCGAUUCGACGCAGAGGAACAGCCGUGGCACACACUCGGCCACGACCCAUGGGGAUUCAUUAUGUCCAAGCACACCAAGAUCUACGAUGUCGGCAGUACUGAAGAAUACGACAUGCAACAGGGUGACAACAACGGGAACAUCGACAGUUUGGAUGUCCUGAACGGAACAACGCCCGGCCAAGAGCCCAACUACAGGUUGGUCCUGCGCAGAUACGGCAAGGGUGUUGGUGAUGGCAUUGAUGGGUUGGAUGGAUGGAAAAUCUUCGGACCCAUCGUGCACUGGGCCAUACACAACGCUCGCACUAGCAUAGCCGCUCAUCAACUCGCCGAGAAAGAGCGCGGCAUUGAAAACCCGGAACUCGAGCUGAAGCACUUAAUCAUAUACAUCUUGUCGCUCGUGCCCAUGUUCUUCAGCGGGCAGUCAGUCUUACUAUGAUCAUCCAUUCGAAUCGAUACUUGCUCUGAUUGUGCUGGAGCACGUAAACCAGACGCUAGCCAAAUUCGCUCGCUGCCGACUUGUAGAGGAUGUGUGAAGGUAUGCGAGUAAGGGGAGGCCGCGGGUGGAGGAGCAUUAUGCGAAAGAUGAAAGAGGUUGGAAAAGGAGCGACAUUACCAACACUACAAGAGAAGAGAUCAAAGAAAAAAAAACC